AAUUUGAAAAAAAUUUGCAAAAAUGGACGCUGAUGCCGCACGUAGGUCCUGGGAACUGGAAAAUAAUAUCAAAACACUGCCAGCAUGUGAUGAAAUCUUUCGUUAUGAUGCCGACCAGCAAAGACAAAUUCUGGAUGCCAAGCCAUGGGAAAAAGAUCCCCAUUAUUUUAAGGAUAUUAAAAUUUCCGCUUUGUCUCUAUUGAAAAUGGUAAUGCAUGCUCGUUCGGGUGGGACUUUGGAAAUUAUGGGAUUACUGUUGGGCAAGGUGGAGGAUAACACAAUGAUUGUCAUGGAUGCAUUUGCUUUGCCGGUAGAAGGCACUGAGACUCGAGUCAAUGCCCAAUCGCAAGCCUAUGAGUAUAUGUCGGCCUAUAUUGAUUCCGCCAAAGAAGUUGGUCGUUUGGAAAAUGCCAUUGGUUGGUAUCACAGCCAUCCCGGUUAUGGUUGUUGGCUGUCGGGUAUUGAUGUCUCCACCCAGAUGCUCAAUCAAAACUAUCAAGAACCAUUUGUUGCUAUUGUGGUGGAUCCCGUACGCACGGUAUCGGCUGGUAAGGUAUGCCUCGGUGCAUUCCGUACCUAUCCCAAAGGAUAUAAACCACCAAAUGAAGAACCAUCAGAAUAUCAAACAAUUCCAUUGAAUAAAAUUGAAGAUUUUGGUGUCCAUUGUAAACAAUAUUAUCCGCUGGAAGUGAGCUAUUUCAAAUCGGCAUUGGAUCGCAAACUAUUGGAUUCAUUGUGGAAUAAAUAUUGGGUAAACACAUUGGGCAGUUCUGGCCUAUUGACCAAUACGGAAUAUACAACAGGGCAAAUAUUUGAUUUGUCCGAGAAGUUGGAACAAAGUGAAUCGAGUUUGGGAAGGGGUACAUUUUUGUUGUCUGGUGGCGAUGUAAAUGAAAAACGCACUGAAGAUAAACUAACUAAGGCCACCAGAGAUUGCAGCCGUGCCUCAAUUGAAUUGAUCCACGGUUUAAUGGCUCAAAUUGCCAAGGAUAAAUUAUUCAACAAAGUUGGUUUGGAUAACAAAUAAAUUGAUUA